AGCUAAGUUGCUCUCUCUAGCAGGAAGAAUUACUUUUAGCGAAAUCAGUUUUAAUGUCUCUACCCAUGUAUGUCAUACAACCGACUGUCAUUCCAAAAGGAGUAUAUUCUAAGAUGGAAAAAAUUAUUCAGAAUUUUGUUUGGGGGCACACUGAUAAGAAGAAAGGGAUAAACCUUGUCAAAUGGAAGGAUCUCUGCAAAGACAAAAAAUGGUGGUCUUGGGUUCAAGAAAAUUGAUUGUCAGAAUAAUGCAUUCCUUAUGAAGAUUGAUUAUAAUCUUAUCAGAAAGCCUGAGCAAUUAUGGGUUCAGGUUAUUGGUUCGAAAUAUAAGUGGAAGGGCAAGGCGCCUAUUGUCGUACAGGUGGGUAAUGCUUCUCAACUUUGGAAGUGUAUUUGUAGGAUCUGGAGCAAAGUAUGGGAAAAUGUUGGGAAGGGUUUAGAUAGUGAUUUUUGGAGAGAUACUUGGGUGAAGGAAUGGGGUCCUCUAAUUAAUGUCUGUACACAGCCCGAAAUUAUACCCAUUGAACAUGUUUCUGUUAUGGAAAUGGUUUUGCCGAGUGGAGAUUGGAAGUGGGAGCUGAUAAAAGAUAUGUUGCCACCACCCGUGGUUUCGUGCAUUGCAUCUUAUAAGCCUCUUUUUGUUAGUAAUGUGGAUGAUUUUGUUGGAUGGGACAAGGAUAAAAAUUAAAUUCUGACAUGUCAUCAACGUUAUAAUCUACGUGUGUGUCAUGUCAUAACUUUUCUAUCUAUUUUAUGGUGAUUACACAAAAAAAUACGAGUUUAAUGAUUAAAAAAACAAGUGAAAGAGAUAAAUUUGAGGUUGUUGGAUUUUCGAGGAUGGCGUCGGCAACUGGUGGCAAAGAAGGAGAAGAAGUUGGUAAUAUCUUCAAGUUGUCCGAAACCACUGUACUUAAAAUCCAGAAGGGUGACAUCACUCUCUGGUUCCUUAAUGGCUCCUCCGAUGCUAUUGUAAAUCCAGCAAAUGAAAGAAUGCUUGGAGGUGGUGGGGCUGAUGGAGCUAUACAUAGAGCAGCUGGACCAGAACUGGUUGAAGCAUGCUAUAAAGUCCCAGAAGUUGAACCUGAUGUUCGUUGUCCCACUGGAGAAGCAAGGAUUACCCCAGGUUUUAAACUGCCUGCAUCUCAUGUAAUUCACACUGUUGGACCUAUUUAUGAUUCUGAUAAAGACCCCAAAGCCUCCUUGACAAGUGCACACAAAAACUGCUUGAGUGUGGCUAAAGAGAACAACAUUGAAUACAUUGCUUUUACUGCCAUAUCUUGUGGUGUAUACGGGUAUCCUUUUGAAGAAGCUGCAACAAUUGCUAUAUCUACUGUCAAGAACUUUGCAGAUGGCAUUAAAGAGCUUCAUUAGAAAAUUGUUGGUCCUCCCUUGAAAUUCACAGGUACACUUUGUUUUGUUCUCGGAUCAACCGUAUAAUGUUUGGUUGAACAAGGCAAAGGAAUUGCUCCAAGCUUCAAUGCAUCAAAGUAGCUUGAAUUAACUUGUCCUGCUUUCAUCCUUAAAGAUUCAGAAACUUCAAAAGUGUGCGUAUUAAAUUUAACUAUGAGAGAAUUGCAUUCAGUUGGUUUGCUAGGAUCCACAGUAUUUGGCAAAUUUGAGGCAUCCAUGCUUCAACUUUCAUGCUGUCUACUUGCUAUGGUUUCAA